UGUGGAAAACGCGCCUGCGCGAGGGGUUUAAAGUGGAAGCUGACAUGGCGGACGGAGAGUGAGGCUUUCGCGGUGGCUACCAGACUCCUGUCAACUGUCCGGUUUUUCUGAAGUACACUAGGGUCGAGAAGAAAUAACGUACAAAAUGUCUCGACACAGAAAUGUCCGCGCUUAUAACUACGACGAAGACUUUGAAGAUGACGAUGUAUACGGACACUCUGUGGACGAUGACUACUGUAUAUCACCGGCUACAGCUGCCCAGUUCAUCUACUCUCGGCAUGACAAGCAGGCAAGCUGUGUAGAAACCCUAGAGGAGGAAGAGUAUGAGGCUGAGGAGGAGACACCCAUGUCACCCAGCAUGAGUCACAACCUCAAUCCCCUGGACCAAGGGAGGUUGUACUCAUGCCUGGAUCAGAUGCGCACAGUCCUAGGGGACUCCACCCCAGAGUCAGUCCUCGUUCAAGCUGCUCUCAAAGUGGACUUUGACCCACAGCGUGCCCUUGACCUGGUGCUGUCUGAUGAAGGAAAAGACCCUGUCGUCCCACGGAACCAACCAGAAGUACCGUCUCCUGCUUCAAAGCCUGACCGAGACGCCUUAUUCUCUUCAUUACAGACUGAACCCCUUCAGCAAAAACAAACGUUCAAUAAACCUGCCCAGCCCUCCGGGGACAUUUAUAGUCUUAGUCAGCUCUUAGCACAGCCUGACAUGAAGCCAGGUCUUCAGCAGAGCACAGCUUCCCAAAGAGAAUCCCAGGGUAGAGCACGAGAGCCCCAGGGAAGUAAGCUGGAUGCCGAGGUUCUCCCCAAAGUGGCCCGCAUGACUGUGUCCGGCAAAAAGCAAACCAUGGGCUUUGACGUCCCAAACCCCGAGGAUACUGGUGGCCCUUUGUCAUUCGUAAGCAAGGGCAUGGUGGCUGAGGACAGCCCUGGCUUGGCGUCCCCCGACACCCCAGUUAAAACGGCACCCCCCUCAGCCUCGGCGGCGGGUGAGGAGCCCACUGUGCCCACGCCCAGCAAGACCCCUGGCAAGGCCAAGCAGCAGUUGAACGUGAAGGCGGAGCUGGAGAAGCGCCAAGGCGGGAAGCCACUGCUCAACCUGGUAGUCAUUGGUCAUGUGGACGCGGGCAAGAGCACUCUAAUGGGCCACCUGCUCUACCUCUUGGGCAAUGUCAACAAGCGAACCAUGCAUAAGUACGAGCAGGAGUCCAAAAAGGCCGGUAAGGCCUCAUUCGCCUAUGCCUGGGUCCUGGACGAGACGGGGGAAGAGCGCGACAGGGGCGUGACCAUGGAUGUGGGCAUUACUAAGUUUGAAACCCAAACGAAGGUGAUCACCCUCAUGGAUGCCCCCGGCCACAAGGACUUCAUUCCCAACAUGAUCACUGGAGCAGCACAGGCGGAUGUGGCACUUUUGGUGGUGGACGCCAGCCGUGGGGAGUUCGAGGCUGGCUUUGAAGCGGGCGGCCAGACACGGGAGCACGGCCUGCUGGUACGCUCACUCGGGGUCACCCAGCUGGCCGUGGCUGUCAAUAAAAUGGACCAGGUGACCUGGCAGCAAGAGCGCUUCCAGGAGAUUGUUACCAAGCUUGGGCACUUCCUGAAGCAGGCAGGCUUCAAGGACUCGGACGUGUCCUACAUCCCCACCAGCGGCCUGUCUGGGGAGAACAUGUCGGUGAGGAGCACACUGCCCCAGCUCACGGCCUGGUACCAGGGGCCCUGUCUUCUGGAGCAGAUCGAUGCCUUCCGGCCACCCCCACGCUCCGUGGAGAAGCCUUUCCGGCUCUGUGUCUCGGACGUUUUCAAAGAUCAGGGCUCCGGCUUCUGCGUCACCGGCAAGGUGGAGGCCGGUUACGUCCAGGCUGGCGACCGUGUUCUGGUGAUGCCUCCCAACGAGACCUGCACCGUGAAGGGUAUUGCUCUGCAUGAGGAGCCAAUCGAAUGGGCGGCCGCCGGGGAUCAUGUCAGCCUUACCGUGACUGGCAUGGAUAUCAUCAAAAUCAAUAUGGGCUGUGUCUUCUGUGACCUCAAGGAACCGAUCAGAGCCUGCUCCCGAUUCCGAGCCAGAAUCCUGCUCUUCAAUAUUGCGGUCCCCGUUACCCAAGGGUUUCCUGUGCUACUGCACUACCAGACGGUCAGUGAGCCGGCUACUAUCAGGAAACUUGUGAGCGUCCUUCACAAAAGCAGUGGGGAAGUCCUCAAGAAGAAACCAAAAUGCCUUAACAAGGGGCAGAAUGCUGUAGUGGAGAUACAGACCCAGAGACCUGUGGCACUUGAGCUCUACAAGGACUUCAAGGAACUGGGUCGCUUCAUGUUGCGCUACGUUGGGUCCACAAUAGCUGCAGGGGUUGUGACCGAGAUCAAAGAGUGAAGAUCAGUUUCCAUCUCAAAAGAUACUGAUGGAUUGCAGGAAAGUGCUGCACCUUUAUCACAUCAGACUGGCAGAAAAGUUUCACCCAUUUUUUUCGUCUUAUGAAAAGACGUUUCGCAUGACAAAGGCUCCAGAGCGUAAAGAAAACCUUCAGGACAAGAACCUGCAGAAGGUCCCCUCAUCAUUCAGCUGAUCGGCCCGUGGUGUCUCCGCUGCUCCUGGACGGCACCGAUAGCGGUCAGCCUGCUGCUUCCAUUCCCCCUCAGACAAUAUAAAUAACAGCAACAACAUAACUGACAAUCCAGGGACUCUCAUAUGUAGCUUGAAAGUCAUAAUUUUGAGGUCAUUUUCAAAACCUAAUGUUACCUGCGUAAUCUGAAGCACAUGCAGAUGUAGGUUGAGUAUAUCUAUUUCAGCUGCACAUGAAAAACACUUGAAUUAAGAACUUCAAAGGCCAAGCUAGAACGAUAUCUGAAGGGGUUGGCUCUUCAAAUAGCAAUAUUAAAGUCUAGGAAUAAAUAUAAAUUAUUGCCAUUUUUGGCAUUCCAGCUGAACCUGUUUGUGAACAGGUUUGUUAAUGUUUUUUUUGGGAUGACUUGGCGAAUUCAGUCGUCUAGCUCUGUUAAUUUAACCAAAUAUGGUCAAUUAAAUAUGCCCAAAGAACUAAUAGCUAAGGACAUAGUUAAGUAGACCAUGUGUCUUCAAGGAUUUCAAUUCAGUGGUUUUCCAAUGAUAAAUGCUGUGAAAAUGAAUGCCUGAAGUGAACCAUGGUGAUGCUUCAUGUCCUGGACAGGAGUGGGGGUCACAAUUGUCGACCUUUCAUCACCCAGUCAGUCAGUCUUAAUGGUCCUGAUUUACAGUCCUUAACUUUUGUCUGAUGCCCACUGCAGCGGCAGGCUGCCCCACCAUUCCCAGCAUCCCGUAGUGCCAUAGGAAACAUAGACACCCAAGAACUGAAGGGGUUCUGCCAAGGAGACCAGUUUCAAUUAAAUUUGAUUUUAAACUAUCA